AUGGCACGCAUCCCCGCUGGCCGUCCAUGGCCUUCUGGACGUCCUUCCGGACGGUACGCAGCAAUCGCUGUCUGGCAUCGUUCUCUGGCGGCCAUGGUGCGCACAUUGAGCAUCGGGGACUGCGCCUAUUUCUCGCACCUUCAUACCGGAUCGUUCGCCCGCUUCCUCGCCUGCGUGCGCAGCCAAGCCGCGGAAGAGAAACUGCGCCAACGCUUCUCCGAGCACACAGACAGGCUAGCCAUCUCCCGCGGGGACAACGUGAACGCCGUUGAGCAUGCUGACGCAGCGAUGGUCGCCGUCGACCCGGCCGAUAUCAAGGCAGUCCUAACCCAGCCGGGUGUGCGCGAGGCACUGGGGAACAAGCUCCUCAUAAGUGUCGCGGCGGGCUGGACGAGACAGCAGCUCGAAACGGCGUUAUACGGCGAAACAACGCCAGCAGCAGGAGACAACGCGCGGGAUAGGCGAGCAUGGGUAAUCUGCACGCUCCCCAACAUCGCCGCCCAAGUCUCCCAGUCAAUCACGGCAAUCGAGCUGUCCGAGCCAGCCCUACCGGAAAGCUACCUAAACGCAACAACAGCAAUCUUCGACCAGAUCGGACGCACAGUCCACCUCAAACCAGGCCUCAUGCCCGUCGCCACGGCAGUCGGCGGCUCAACACCCGCCUUCUUCGCUGUGAUCUGCGGGUUGAUGGUCAUGGAGGAGAAUGGGGUUCGGGGACAUGUUGGGCGUGCGUUGCGGGAGGCGGUUACUUUGGCUAGGCUCAUGGGCAAGGCCGGCCAUGUAAAUGAUACGAGGCAUUAG